UCUGUAAGUCAGAGCAGAACUUAAUCUUUGAAACUAGAGCAGCUAGAGAGUCCUAUAAGAAUGGUACCGUUUUCCAUUAGCUUGUGCAGGGCUCCUCCUCUCUUCCCCAGCCUGCUGGCAUGUACGUAGCUGGGGAUCCGGUUUUGUUGAUGUGGUUUCACUUGACUCCUCCCACUGCAAAGUGGGCUGGCGGGGGGGGGGAAGCCGGCGUCAGAGAGAAGGAAUCAACCCAGGCUUGAUAAAAAAGAGCUGAAGCCAGACAGCAGUGGCUCGAUCUUCCUGGAGCUAGUGCUCCGUGCACAGGCAGAUCCAGGAGUAUUGUAUUUUUGUAAACCCUAAGUUCUUGGAGGCUACAAACAUGUCACUGGAAGAUAUUCACAUGAACACACAGGACUUGCUGCAGAAGGAAGAACUAGAUGCUGGAGGAUUUGGAAUGGUUUCUUUAUGUUAUCACAAGAAACAUGGGCUUGUGGUAUUAAAAACAGUGUAUACGGGACCCCAGCGCACAGAAUAUAAUGCUUCCCUUCUUGAAGAAGGCAAGAUUAUGCGCAAACUAAGUCACGAUCGGGUGGUAAAAUUACUAGGCAUCAUUCUGGAAGAUGGAAACUACUCUCUGGUGAUGGAGUAUGUGCACAAGGGAAACUUGAUGAAAGUACUAAAAACAUCCACUAUUCCUUUGUCUGUGAAGGGGCGGUUCAUCUUGGAGAUCAUUGAAGGAAUGCUUUAUUUAAAUGAGCAGAGUUUGGUACACAAAGAUCUGAAACCAGAAAACAUCCUUGUAGACGACGACUUUCACAUUAAGAUUGCAGAUCUUGGUGUCGCCUGCUUUAAAAACUGGAGUAGAUUGACCAAAGAAGAGACCAGCCGGCAGAGGAAAAUCAAGAGCACUUCCAAGAGCGCAUCCAGGAGCGCCGCUGGCACUCUUUACUAUAUGGCCCCAGAGCACUUACUCUCAGUUAACACAAAACCUGUGGAGAAGUCAGAUGUUUACAGUUUUGGUAUAGUGCUCUGGGCAAUUUUUGCCAACAAAGAGCCAUAUGAAAAUGCUAUAAAUGAAACACAUAUUUGCUUUGGCAUCAUGAAAGGGGACAGGCCAAAUACAGAAGAUAUUAAAGACAGUUGUCCAAAGGAAAUUAUCGAUCUAAUGAAACACUGUUGGCAACAAAAGCCAGAGAAUCGGCCGACCUUUUCAGAAAUUAGUCAGAAAUACAAGCCAUUUUACUGUGAGCAACUAGAAAAAGAUGUUGAAGAUGACUUGAGAAAGAUAAAAAAAGUGUACCCUGGUCCAACUGAACUUGUGAAGAGGAUGCAGUCCCUUCAGAUAGACGCGGUCGCAGAAUCUCCAAGUAACGGACAUGUACAAACAGAUCAGCCCAAUUCCCUACAUAGCUCUCAGGGUCUCAUGACUGGCAAUGUGGAUGAAGCCAUGUUUGCUCCCUUUCCGGUAAACCAGCCUGUCGAGAGCUGUGAGACCUCCUUUGAGGCCUCUGUGGGCCUAGAAAGAAAACUGCAGGAUGAAUUAAAUUAUCAUAAGUAUGGCAGCCGGAUGGAUAAUUUUGAAAGCCAACCUCUCGUAUACAGUGCUGAAAAGAGAGAGGAGGAAAGAAGACGAAGGGUGUCCUUUGAUCCAUUUGCAACUCCACCUGCUGCUCCACAGAUGAAUGAAUCAUAUCUGAAAGCUGAAAGCACAGGAUCAAAAGCCAAUUGCUAUAGUAACAUGACCAGUUACAGUCAUUUACAACCACCACCACCACCAGCUGCAGCAGCUCCAAUAUGGGAAAAUUUACCCUACAAUCCAAAUAUUAUGUAUGGGACAAGGCCUGUAGAUCCAAUAGCAGGAUGUACAGAGGAUCUCUAUGGAUCAAAUUCAGCCAAUACAUUUAGUCUGAAUAAACCUCCUGUGCCUGAAUCUGGCCUAGACCAGCAGCCACAAACAUCCACACCUUGGUUUCCAAAGAGCUUGAAUACAGAGACAGGCAAAAUGGAAUCCAAUCCUUUUAAGAAGGGGAAUUUUGCAUAUACUCCUACUACACCUGUACAACACAAAAUCACAGAUGAAACUGCAAAAUACACCAUAUAUAACAGUACCGGAAUUCAAAUUGGAGCCUACAAUCACAUGGAGAUUGAAGACCAGAAUCUGUAUGUCAGCAGUGUUCCAGUCAACACGCAAAACUCUUAUGCACAUUAUGAAAACAUGGGUAUAUUUGAUAGCACCUCUAUCCUCUCUGAAAAACACCUGAAUCUAGUGAGAGAGAACUUGGCUAAACAGUGGAAACACUGUGCUCGUAAACUGGGUUUUAGUGAGCCACAGAUUGAUGAAAUUGACCAUGACUACGAACGAGAUGGACUCAAAGAAAAAGUUUACCAAAUGCUGCAGAAAUGGGUUAUGAGUGAAGGCUACAAAGGACCUACAGUAGGAAAGCUGGCCAGAGCCCUCUAUGACUGCAAGAGAAUAGAUCUCCUUAACGAGUUGAUAAAAAUGAACCAGGAGUAGGAAAACUGGAAGCUUAAUGGAAAUGGCUGUGAUAUUUUAUCUGAAAAGAUCCUCUUACUGGUAACAUGAAAGAAUCCUGUAAAAGUGCUGCAUGAAAGACGCCUGUCUAGAACAUGCACAUAUUUCUGUCAAGCAGUAUACAGUAUCCUGUAGCUCAAAACAUUUAAUUUUUGAAAAGACAGGACAACUAUGAAAAGCCUGUCCUGGCAGGGCAGCGGGGUGGGGGGGGGGGAGGAAGGGGAAAGAAGCUCUUCCUUUUACAGUGAAGAUAAUAGGUUUAUCUAAUACACUUUGUCCAAGGACAAAAAAAGCCAAACCAAAAUCUGAAUUGUGUAUGAUAUGAGAAAUAACAUGGAAAGGAAGGGAUUGGCAAGGGAUGGUGGUGGGCAUUUGUAUCUAAUUUUUUCACAGAACUUUUGGACUGCUACCUCAAAGCACGCACAUAGCUGUGUUUAAAGUGCCUUCAUUACUGCCUAAAAGAAGCAUGGCAUUUACGCAAAACCUCACAUCAAUGAGAGCAUAUCAUGGAUUUUGUCUCACCAUAUUGAAGCCCUGGAUUGAAAACAAAACCAAACGCCUCAACUCUUCUAAACACAGCCAUUAUCCACAGGAGAUCAUCAUAACUCGGAUUGCCUUAUAGAUUCAUCACCUUAUUUUUUUAAAGUGCCCUUUUUAUAACUUUAAUAAAAAAUAAAUGUUAUAAUAAAAAUACUGAAGUAUAAAAAGAUA